GCAUAGCAGAAUUUUCUAUUUGUUCCUCUCGUUUUCAUGGAAGUCGUUUAGAUUAGAUAAAGUCCGAUCAGUAGAAAACUUCUCCAUAUUUAUUUUUUCUUUUUAUAUAAAUUUCUUUAUUUGGGUUCUGGGAUUUGCCAUGGCGGAGGAAUUUGGUUGCUUUGAUAUACUUUUAGACGACGAUCUCUUCUUCGAUUUCGAUCCUUCAAUCGUAACUGAACCUCCUAUUGCGGAUGAUUUUAUUCGCUCUUCACCGGAUUCUGCGAAUUCGUGGAUCGGAGAGAUUGAGAGCCAAUUGAUGAAUGAUGAGCAGGAGAAUUUUCUGGAGUUAGAUCAGCAGUCGGUUUCAGAGUUUUUAGCGGAUAUAUUCGUUGAUUAUCCCACAAGCGAGUCUAGUCCGGUUGAGUUUUCGACCGCUAAAGUUUCAGAUGAUGUACCAACCGUCGAAUCUCCCGCCGCUGGAAAGGAAUCAGCAGGAUCCGAUGAUUCCGUGAAGGAGAAAGCAGAUUUCUCAAUUGAGAAGAAAUCGGACGCAUCCAAUGAUUCUGGAAGUGAGAAUCAGGAUGAAGCUAAGGUGGAAAGCGAGAUUGAUGGAAACGAUGAUGCUAUGGCCAAGAAAAGAAGAAGGAGAGUAAGAAACAGAGAUGCUGCGGUAAGAUCGAGGGAGAGGAAGAAGGAAUAUGUGACUGAUCUAGAGAAGAAGAGUAAGUAUCUCGAAAGAGAAUGCAUGAGACUGGGACGGAUGCUCGAGUGUUUCGUUGCGGAAAACCAUUCUCUUCGUCUCUGUUUGCAAAAGGGUAGUGGCAAUGCUUCCAUGAUGACAAAGCAGGAGUCUGCUGUGCUCUUGUUGGAAUCCCUGCUGUUGGGUUCCCUGCUUUGGUAUCUGGGAGACAUCAUUUGCCAAUUCCCUCACCAGCCCCAAACAAAGAGUUGCUUCCAGUCAGUGGAAGCCGGAGAACCAGAAAAGCUGGUUCGAAGCGGGCGAGAGAGUAGUAAAAUAUCUAAUAAUAAUACCGGGAAGAGUCGGAGAUGUAAGGGUUCAAGGCCGCGGAUGAAACACCAAGUCUUUACACUUGUGGCGUGACGCCCCACGCCUUCUACUCUAAUCUUUUUAAUUGCUUGCGCAUUUUGAGUCGUAGAUGAAUGUGUCCAGUAGUCUUCUCUCUUUUUUGUAUUUUGGCUGUCUGUCUAUCUGGUUAAUUUAACGGUCAAUGUGGGCUUCUCAUGGUUUUGGGGAUGAUUUCUCUUUAAAUGUUGCUAUCUA